AUACGGAGUAACUUUUUAGCUAAUUUCUUCGCCGGAGCCUAAGAAAUCUUAGGAACUGGCCCUGACAGAAGCGGCGGCUGGAGAGGAUAUUCCUCUGAAGCUCAGACUGCUUGGGACGCCUUGGAGGGUGGGGGCGGUGGAAGAUCGAGGAUGGAUGGUUGUUAGCUGGCUUGUUCAGGGUAAUUUUCAGCAAAUGUGAGAGACCCUUGGGUGGGUGGAUCGGCAUUUCACAGAUGGCUAGAUUGAAGUCAUUCUUGAUGUUGAUUACACUCAUUCUGAGCUAUACAUGCACAAUAGCAGAUGACGAAGAGUUUUCAGAAGCACUUCUGUUGAGGCCUCUGCCUGAUCGCAAAGUGCUUGCCCAUUUUCACUUUGAAAGCAAAGCUCCCCCAACUCAUACACAUGGCCGCCAUCACAAUCUCUUCCCUAAAUCAAUCUAUCAGCUCGUGCACAAAUUUCACAUACGAGAAAUGGAGUUGUCUUUCACACAAGGCCGGUGGAAUUAUGAACAAUGGGGUGGAUAUGAUCCAAUUGUGAGCAAGACUGCAAAGCCCCCUGGGGUUGAACUUUGGGCUGUUUUUGAUGUUCCCAACAAUCAAGUUGAAACUUCCUGGAAGAAUUUAACACAUGCUCUUUCGGGACUCUUUUGUGCUUCCAUCAACUUUUUAGAGUCUUCGACUGCCUAUGCUUCUCCAGAGUGGAGUUUCCCAUCAGUUUCUGGAAACUUGAGAUAUGGUACACUGCCCCGCGAGUCUGUUUGCACUGAGAACCUUACUCCUUGGUUGAAGUUGCUUCCUUGUCGAGACAAAGCUGGAAUUGCUGCAUUAAUGGACAGACCAUCUGUAUACAGAGGAUUUUAUCACUCCCAAAAAUUGCACUUGAUUUCAAAUGAGUUUGUUCUAGCCGAAUCAAGAUCUGGAGUAGUGCUUGAACAAACACUCACAACUGUACUUCAACCAAAUAUGUUCAGAGUUGGCUCGAAUGUUUUUGAUGGGUCAAUAGUACAACCUAGUUGGUCUCUUAGCUCCUUGUUUGGAAGGAAAGUUUAUGAAAAAUGCUCUCUUUCCCGUUCUAGUAAUGUUUACGUCCAUCUUGAGCAGAAUUUAGUAUCCAAGUUGAAGACUCUACUGAAUAAAGACGAUAAAUUUGACUCCGUAUCUGAUGUUUCAUGGAAAAACCCGACCUUUGAAAUAUCUUUGCCUCCGGUCAGGGUAAUAAAAGAAGGAUAUAGCUCUUCUGAAGAGGAGAGAUCUAUUCUCUGUGAAUUUUCAAUUGAAAACUACACUCAGUCCAAACCAUUUGAUUUGGGCUUUAGGUGGAAGCAACCAGUAAGGUGGUCAAGUCAGUUAGCACCAUUGCAUGCAAGCAGGUUCCUAAUGGGAAGUGGGAACGAAAGGGGUGCCAUAGCCAUCUCUUUCAAGUCCACGGGGAUUAUUGGCGAGGAACAGUUUGCAACUGGUGGUGAAGGAAAUUGCUUUUUGAGGGUCAAUGUCUUUCAAGUUGUGCCUUGGUAUGUCAAGGUCUAUUAUCAUACACUUAAGAUUUUCCUGGAUGGACGUGCCAAAUCUGUAACAGAUAUCAUUGAAAAGGUGAGAGUUUCACCUUCUGAAGACAAGGUUUCUCCUGGACUAAUGGAGCUUACUUUGAGAUUACCAUGUGAUGUGAAGUCAGCUGCAUUUACUCUGGACUUUGACAAGGGGUUUCUUCACAUUGAUGAAUAUCCUCCUGAUGCUAAUCAAGGGUUUGACAUCCCAUCAGCUGUAAUUAGUUUCCCUGAGUUCAAAACAAGCUUGCAUCUAGUUGAGGAUAACUCCACCAUGAAACUGCCUAUUGUAUCUAAACUACAGGAUGAAAGCCCUGUUGUUUCUUACACAGAAGUCUUACUUGUUCCUUUGACAACACCUGAUUUUAGCAUGCCAUACAAUGUUAUCACAAUUACGUGCACAGUUUUUGCGCUUUACUUUGGAUCACUGCUUAAUGCACUACUAAGGCGUGCUGGUGAAGAAGAGCGUCUGUUGAAAAGUGAAGCUUCAAAAAGGACAGGUCAUCUAACCAUGCUAGUAUCCAAAUUAUUUUCUAAAUUGAGAGGAAGACCAUGUGAACCUCACACACUAGCAUCAUCGCUGCCAUCUUCUUCAUCUUUAUUGAAUUCAAAGCUGAUAAUGAAGGUCAUAGUAGUAGCUUGCAUUGCUGCUGGUUGGCAGUACUUCUCUGAAUGACAUCAUAUCUCUACAAUGAGAGUAGAAUAUACUUGUUUUGAGUGUGACUUUCAUAUAUGUACCACUUAGUUUCAGUUAUUACCUCCAGAUAUUGACUCCCAGGCUCUACGUUGAGUUUUAAUAUAUUUCUGAUCAACUCAGUUUGCGUAUCUGUUUCCUGUUAGUUUCCCAUCUGCUUAGUCUAUAAUUGUCCUGCUUUCAAUUACAAAAAAAGUGGAUAAUCAGACAGUGGUUUCCAUUUUUGUUUAGGCCUUGCCAGGUUUCUCCCGAGGUUCAUGAAAUAAUGUCUGAAAAGUUUGGACAUUUUUCUUUUUAUUCAAUUUGAUCUAUGGAGUAAUAUCUGGUACACAAUUUCGUUCGGGUAUGGCUGACCUCAGGAAUGACUUCUUUCCAUGUUGGCAGCGAAUAACUUUGUGAACUCAAGUCAAUCAGAUUCUUCGAGACCUGAGCUAAGAAGGUUGGAUCAAUGCAUAGUUUUAUGAAGUGAUUGUGCCUUGAAAAACAUUCAAUUGCCACAGGUGAAAGUUUCUAAACCCACCUGCCCUAGUGAGUUCUCUCCCCACCUAUCUAAAGUCUACUUAGUCAAUUUUUACCUGCCUUUUACACGCCCACUUACCUACCAAAAUUCACUUAUCCAUUUUUUGUACUUUUAUGUGCAAAUCAAAUGUCAUUAAGCAUACUCCGAGAAAUAUUUUUCACGAUAGAUGAUAACAAAAUUAUAAAAAGGUUAGUAAGAU